CCCGCUCGCGUCGGGAGGCAAUAAACCUCUUACAUUUUAACCAAGGCUCCGUGCGCACGUGUUGAAAAGUGGAGUUUGAUCUUGUGGCGAGUGGAAGAAACAUGAGAGUCCUCAUCGGAUAAUUCUUGGGACGCUUUAAGUGAGGCUUUAAGACUGACAACCGACAAAGAGGUGAGUUUACAGUAUUUUAUGAUUGAUUAUCAUGCAAACUGUCCUCGUCUCUUAAGUUUUGCUUACUUUUGACAGCCACGCCUGCACAAUCUAGGCCGAUCUGAUCACGCAUCGUACUGAGAGACGUUUCUAAUAUUUUGAUUGCCUUACCUGGUUACGUAAGGUCGCCCAAAUAUCAUUAAAACCACCAAGUAUGAUGUUGUGUAGUGUACUUUUUCACCACUGCAAACUACAACCACAAUGUUGUUGCAUUUUUAAUAAUGUUAUAAAUUCAUCAGUCAUGAGAUUGUGCAGGUGCACCUAAUAAUCUAUGCAUGUAGACAUUUGCUUUACUGUAAUUGAAUGCAAAAAAAUAGGUAAUAAAGCCAGUUACUAGUCACUAUUCCUACUAGUCAUACACUUAUUUCCAAUAAACUUACACAACUGUACUUUACUUCAUGUCUAGAUGGCAUUUUACCCUUCAGUGAGCAACCAAGGCAGCACAAUGUCUACAACAGCCUCUCCAGCUGGAGGAGGAAGUACCACCUUUGUAGCUGUGGACAUAGUGGUACUGGUGGUCUACUUCGUUCUGGUGCUGGCUGUGGGCUUUUGGUCCAUGUGGAGGACGAAGCGGAGCACGGUGGAUGGCUACUUCCUGGCGGGGAAGAACAUGUCAUGGUGGCCGGUGGGGGCCUCGCUAUUCGCCAGUAACAUCGGCAGCGGGCACUUGAUCGGCCUGGCCGGGUCAGGAGCUGCAGCGGGAAUCGGGGCGAUCGCGUAUGAGUGGAAUGGCAUGUUCAUGGUGCUGCUGCUGGGGUGGGUCUUCCUGCCCAUUUACCUUGCAUCUGGGGUGACAACCAUGCCGGAGUAUUUGCAGAGACGAUUCGGUGGGAAAAGAACGCAGUUGUUUAUAGCGGUUUUGUCUUUGUUCAUUUACAUCUUCACCAAAAUAUCGGUGUGUGUGUGUGGUGUUUUGUUUUUUACCUCUUCUGCUAGUUUUUGUGAACUUCAUUUAGGCUGUAUGUGAUGCCAGGUGGACAUGUAUGCUGGAGCAUUGUUUAUUCAGCUGGCUCUGCAGUGGAACAUCUACCUGGCUGUGGUGCUCCUUCUAUCAGUCACUGCUCUCUACACCGUAGCAGGUGGUCUGGCGACAGUCAUCUACACCGACGCCGCUCAGAUGGUCAUCAUGCUAGCAGGAGCGCUGAUCCUCAUGGGUUUUAGUUUUGUCGAGGUGGGAGGCUGGAACGCUCUGAUGGAGGGUUACCACAACGCCAUCCCCUCGGUCCGCGUGCCCAACUCGACGUGCGGCAUCCCCCGGGAGGACGCCUUCCACAUAUUCAGAGACCCCGUAAACUCCGACCUCCCGUGGCCUGGCGUUAUCGUGGGCAUGUCCAUUCCUUCCAUGUGGUACUGGUGCUCCGAUCAGGUGAUUGUGCAGCGCUCGUUAGCCGCCAAGACACUGACUCAUGCGAAAGGCGGCUCCCUGCUGGCUGCCUACCUCAAGAUUUGGCCUUUCUUUGCCAUCAUGUUGCCCGGGAUGAUCAGCAGAAUACUUUAUACAGAUGAUGUAGCAUGUGCGGAUCCAGAGUUGUGUAAGCAGAUCUGUGGUAACCCAGUAGGCUGCACAGACACCGCCUAUGCUAGACUGGUCAUGGAGCUGCUCCCCGCAGGCCUGCGAGGUCUGAUGAUGGCAGUGAUGAUCGCCGCGCUGGUCUCCUCGCUCACAUCCGUCUUCAACAGCGCCGGCACCAUUUUCACCAUGGACCUGUGGAAGACCUUCCGAUCCUCUGCAUCCGAGUGGGAGCUCAUGAUUGUGGGCAGAGUGUUUGUGUUGGCGAUGGUGGCGGCGUCCAUUCUGUGGAUUCCCGUCAUUCAAGCCAGUCAGGGUGGGCAGCUCUUCAUCUACAUUCAGUCCAUCAGCACCUACCUGCAGCCCCCCGUCUCCAUCAUCUUCCUCCUGGGCUGCUUUUGGAGGAGGACGAAUGAGAAGGGUGCGUUCUGGGGCCUGGCUGUGGGCCUCACAGUGGGCUGCAUCCGCAUGCUGUUGGACUUCAUCUACCCGUCCCCGCUGUGCUUUGAGGACGACGACAGGCCCGCCGUGGUCAAACAUGUGCAUUACCUCUACUUCUCCAUGUUGCUGUCGGUCAUCACGCUGACGGUGGUGGUGGGCGUCAGUCUGGCCACAGAGGAGCCCACAGCAGAGCAGAUUAAUGGUCUGACUUGGUUCACACGAUUAGCCCGUGCGGAGCCCAAAGAGCUCAAACUGGAGGUGGUCACAACUAAAACCGAUGAGGUUCCAAGAAGCCAAGAUGAGAGCAGCGAGAGAGAAGAUUCAACAAGGACCAGUGUGAGAGGUCAAUCCAGGCUGGUGGCAGCCCUCUACUGGCUGUGUGGCAUGGACAGAAGAAUGAAGGAAGGACAGAAGAGUCCGGAGAUGCCCGCAGAACCCCAAUGUAACAAACUGGAAGAAAAUCCACGCCUGCAGCAGCUGGUCAACGCCAACCUGAUCAUCUGUCUCUCUGUGGCUGCUUUUAUCAUCGGCUACUGGGCCUGACAAGACUCUUCCUCACGGACACAAGGAACCUACAAGGUUGUGUACGGUUUUCAACCAUUCAUGUUCUGUGACCUGAAGGACAGACGUACACUUCCUACUUGCAAUGGCUUCCAUGUCAAAUCCAUUUUCUAAAUAACUUUUAUUAUGAGCACAGUAUUAUUUAAUAGAAUGUGUCAAUCUGCCAUUUUUCUUUCCUCAACUUGCAUAAAAACAGUCUUCGUUAUUUAAUGUCCACUCAACUGCAGAGUAGCAGGCAUCUAUGGGCUAAGGUGGUUUUCUUUGUGCAAAUUUUAAUAUUUUUAAUAAUUCAUAUAAGAAAGCAAUAAUUCAGUAAUGUAUUAAUAAAUGAUUCAUUUUUAUAAUAAAUUAUCCAUUUUAAUCAUAUUGUCAAUUGUAUAUUUUGUACAAAUAUAGUGGUAAGAUAUUAAAAAUAACUACUAAAAUGUAUUAUUAAUCAUUUAAUUUUUUAAGACAUUUUUUCUACUACUAAAAAUUGACUAUUUUUAGAUGUGGCGUGCAUUUCUUUAAGUGGAGGUCAAAUAUGGUAUUUACUUUAUAAAUUAGCAGACUAUUUAAAAUCUAAAACCACAAAAAACAACAAAAAAAAGCGGACAAGACUGUAACAUCUUGAACAAUCUUUAAUCAUGGAUGCAGCAACAUUAGGAUGCCAUAUCUGCACAAAAAUAAGUGCUGCAAAGAAACGGUAUGCAUAGAAGGGGAACACAUUGGUUUAGAUAUAUUUGGUCAAAGCUUAGGCGCUGGAGUGGGAUUGGUCAUUUACCAGCAUUGAAAAUGCUAUUUUUAAAUAAACAAGGCCCUUAAAAAUACAAAAUAUAUCCUCAAAGAAAUUUAGAGUGAAACAUCGAUUCAAAAUAUAUGUAAAGUCAUUGUACCCCAAGAACGGCAAGACCCCAAAUAUGUGCCAGUGGAAGACAAAGUGUACUUCGUAUUGCACUUUGCCUCAAGAUUUGGUCAAUGCCAACCAUAAUAAAAGCCAAACAGCACCGUGUUGUCAUUUUUUUUGGUUACUUCUUGGUCCUUUCUAUUUCAAUUGCACAUCAUUGUUAAUAGAUUCUUAAUAAUUUUUUUUUUUUUUUUAAGCCUGUUGUCAGACUGGUAGCAGAUUGCCUACGUCAAUCUACAAAAACAUCCCCUGGAGCUCAUUUAAAAAUAGCAACGAUAAAGUGUUGAUAGCUUGACCUCAGUGGACGCUCACAGGCAGGUGCUCUCCGUCUGCGUGUUGGGGUCAAGCGGUGGUGGUUGUUGGUUCUGGGCGGGUUCUUGACCAGCAGGGGGCUGCUCUUGUUGGCUCAGCAUCACCUCUGGGAUCCAGGCUCGCCCGAUCCCCUUUAUGACCAGGCCACUGUCUAACACAUCAGAUGACAACAGGCUUAAUUGUGUAAUUAGCGAUAUAGUACACUAGUACACACGGGGUUUUAGUUUCGUCACACGUUACACACUAAACUGUUAGUUUCUCUGGACAGCGGGGUUAAAUAGCGGGACAAAACCAUGCAUACGUACUUACCAUCGGCUAUACUGUAUAACUAGAUAGAAAAACACAUACUGGAUGUAAAUGUGCAUAGCCAGCACCUUUCAGCAACACACAUGCAAGCGAACACAUCACACACGUCAGCCAGUUGUAUUCUUACCAUCGCCUGCCUUGCAAAGCCCAUCUUAACAGGCAGGCCGCCACCUCAGACAUCUGCAAUGUUACACACACAUCCUGUCAUGCUACACAGAUCAUCCACAGUCACAUGGCGCGUGUGCGGCAACACCACACGGUGAAACCCAAAGCCAGACGUGAAAAUCAGCAGGUCACAAAGAUGUUUAGUAUACACGUGUGCUCUUGUUUAGCGCUUUUUUUUUUUAAUAUAUUUGUGUACAUUAUAGCUGAAAAUAUGACAAAUGACUGUACCCCAAAACCAUACAAAUAUUAUGCCCCCUGGUGGCUGUGAGUAGCAUAAGCGCAGUAAUUGCUGUGAUAUUUAGAACUGUCAGCAUUGUCACGAUGCAAUAUCAUGGCAGUUAUUGUGUUCUUACAGUGUAGUACGUACGGGCGGGUGUUUACCUGUGAUGAACUUGGAGGCGGAGCUGAAGAUGCCACCGUCACUUACUGCAGGCUGCGGAGGAGGCGGCAUGUUAGGUCGGGGUCGUGGCUUAGGCGCGGGCCGAGCGGGGCGAGGGAGUGAUCCGGAGUGGUAAGCGGACAGCGGGUGGGAGUGGGGUCCGUCGUAGGGCGGGGUGUCCGGCGGGGUCGGCGUCCUGGGCGGCGAGGGCUCCUGCUCAGCCUGUUGCGAUUGAGGCGGCUGCGGCGGAGGGUGGCUCGGAGCGUGGAUGGGGCUCUCUUUGCCUGGGUGGCGUCGGGGGGUGAUGGGUGGGUGGUGAGCGGGCCCGGGUGUGUGGUUGCUGGACUGAGAUGCGAAGGGACUGGCUUGCUUGGGCGGAGCUGGCGCCUGUUUCUUUGUUCCUUUGGCAACAAUAAGAGGAAACGAUACUAUUAUUAUUAUUGUUGCUACAUUUUAUUGCCAGGGGUAUUCAACUUCCAAGUACCAUGCAUUUAUUUGAAGUAAGGCAUUUAUGAGUGCAAACGUUGCAUGACUAAGACGAUAUAAACACUUGGAAUCAUUAUUUCCAUGUUACAGUAGCAAUGAUACGUCACUGCUUCACAUUGGCACUCUGUGAAAACGAGGUAUGUUUGAGGUGAGGCAUUUAUUUGUUUUACAUUGACGUACUCAGCCAGCCAUUACUUGAGGAACAGCCUAUUAGAGUAGCUAUACUAGAUAUAUACUGUAUAUUCUAGAUUUAUAUCUAUUUAUUGUACGUUAAGAUUUUUUUGUAAGGUGCAUGUUUGCGGUGAGGGUUACAUUUUUAUUUUUUUCUUUUGCAUAAACUUAUGUUGUAUAAAUUAUUUCAUGGUAUUUUUUAAUGUGCAUUAUAUAUUUAAAUUUUAUAUUUGAAGGAAAAAAAUUAACAGAAUUUUUUCAUGUGUAUUAUAUUUUACAUUUUUAUAUUUGAAGGGAAAAAAAUGGGUGUAUAUUUGAAAUUAGGUUGUUUUGUUGUUGUUUUUUUUUAAUUAGAAGAGAGAUGGUAAAAUCGGUAUUAGCAAACCCAAUGAGGAGACUAAAUUGUCUCUCACCUCUGCGGACCAUGUGAGGACUGGGCCCCCUGGACCCUCCCUGGGAGUGCGGGGUUCCUGUUGUAAGAUGGACUGAACCAUUCCUCUGUGGAGGUGGGGUGGAAGUGAGCUCCCGGCCUGGGCUGUGGACACAGGAGGUCCAAAUAAGUAUGUGCAGAGUUACCAUUUGAUGCUAGCGGUACAUGCACGAUGCUACACAAACCAAGCUGGCAGGUUAGAACACGAGGAGACAACAACAGAAAAGGAUGCAACAUUUCAAAACAAAACAACAACAACAAAAAAAAGUCAUGCCAGAUGAGACGUCAUAAAACAGCGGCAGGCUAAAUGAAAGCUGAGCAGGAAGAAGGAAGGAGUAAACGUCACCUGUGAAUAAAAAAAAAAAAAAGUAUGAUUUUUUUAAUUUGUAGGAUUCCGACAAACACAAGGGGCGAGGAGGGAGAUCCUGAUUGGUUGGGCUGAGCAGGCGGCGUGGUGGGCGUUAUUUGCGGCGACCUCAGCUCGCUCCUUACCUGCUGUCCUCUGCGCUGAGCUGGGUGACGCACUGAGGUUGCACGAUGGCUACCUGGACCCCAGCGGCAGCACCCAGACCCCCAUCGGCCGAGCCCGGCUGCUCAGCCUCUGGGGUUGCCGCUCGGGGCUGCGUCUCGAAUGAGGCGGGUUCCAGUGGGGGUUGGAAGGUGGGUGAGGUUUGCUGUGGCUGCUUUCUAAUAGCGGUGCCGGCUCUACGUGGGCUGGGCUCCGGAUGUUUAACGGUGCUAAGGAAGUGAGAGGGGGGAGGGCAAACCACACACACUUGUAAGACAACACCAGAGACCUUGAAGAGGCAGACAGAGAUGACACCUCCUGAGUUAGAAGAACCUAGUUUGGAAAGCAGAACCAGAUGUAUGCAUUAAGAACCAACACGGCCGCAGGGACAGACAGAUGCCAGGAAGCCCACACAGAACCAGCAACCUGCGGUAUGACCUAAGCUUUAAUUGGAAACAAAGGUGAUGACACACACGUGUACACAAUAGAACCACAUGAUGCAAAAGGAAGAACGAGUGAACAAAAAGCUAUCCAAGUGGUACAAAAGCCACGAAAACUACAAGGGACUACGGCACAGCCUGGAACUUUGGACUAGGCAGAUCUUCAGGGGGGGUUUCAGUGACUGUGAUGGACUCGUCGGCCACUACAUAGUGGGCCGACACCGCCGGACCCCGCGGAUCCUGCCUGCUGGGUG